AUGGGCUGGUGGGAGAAAAGCGACAGUGGCACAGAUACAGAACGUCUGACUCAUGAAGAGACGACAUCAACAGAGGAGUCCGAAAGGGAAAGAAAAUAUAGCGAAAGGAAUGGUGGUGCUAAGGACAAGGACACCGACACUGACGGGAAGCAGCGGAUCAUUGGUAUUGCCAUGGCUCUCGCUGCCGGUGUUUUUUAUGGGAUGACAUUUGUACCUGUUAUCGUCAUGAUGGAGAAUCCGGACAAAUUCCCAAAUUAUCCAGAUGACGGACUUGCGUACGUGUUCUCUCAUUACGUCGGCAUUUUCGUCACUGCGUCAGUGAUUUUCGUCGGCUAUGCUGCAAUUAAGUAA